GAACACUAUGUUGUUGCUAAACCCCACUCCGGGGAAGACCCAAGAGAGCCUUCUCCUUGGCCAUAGCAGUGCCCGCCCAAGGUUUUCACAGUUUUAGCAUCAUCAGUCAGAAGAUUGGGAAAGGUCAUCUUAUGGUAACUUGGCCAAUCAUCUUGUGCAUUUUGAUUCCUAAAGCGUGAAAGCAUUUUUGUUGGUGGAUCUUUUGUCUUGAUUUACAAAGGCGGGAAAGCAUAUUCUUUGACUUUCUGCAUGGUUUUAUUGCUAUGCUGAUACAGUAUUCUUUACCUGAAUGUGUUCAAGCUGCUCUAUUCACCCACUUUUCACUUGAGUUUGCUGAACAAGCUAUCAUAUGUGACUGGUUUCAAACAUCUCAGUAUUGGAAAAUGUGUUCACAGCAUGACCAACACCGUAUCGACAGAUGUGGAAAAUCUGUACUUGUGGAAUCCAAAGCUGACGAUGGCCUCAGUCCCUGUUCCUUAGCUCCUCCAAGUGUUUCUCAGCUAUCAGCUUUCAGAACUAUUUCAGGAAGUUCUAACCUUGCUGUAUACUACCGGAAAAAGUUCCAGAGAAACACCCCUCCUAGUUGCCCACCCCAAUCAUCAGCUAAAGUUGGAUGUGCUGGCGGUUGUGAUUCUGCCAUGUGUUCUGAAGCUCUUUCAGGGGGUGGGAAGGAACAAAGAAUUUUUGAAUUGGAGGUUGAAACAGAUGCUACUAGAUCUUCAAAUAGGUCCCCUGUAGAACGCAAUGCAGAGCCCCUCUUCUCGAAGUCAGAAUCAUGUAAUGGAUGUCCUGAUGGGGACUGUCGCUGUUCUGAAGAAGCUUCAAGAAGCGAUACACAUGGUUUAUUGAACCCAUGCCUAAAUGAAAAUUGUUCGUCUUCCAAGUCAAAUUUGGAUCUUGGUUCAGCAUCUCUGAAAAAUGUAGAUGAUACCAGUGAGUGCUCCUCCUCUGGUGCAUUGGUUCCUGAAGGACUGCAUGAUAACAUGCCAGAAAGGGAUAUAUGCAUCUCAGUCCUUAGAAAGUAUGGGCUGCUUGAAAACAUUUGCACUACACAGGCUUUCACUUCUACCCGUAACUGCUGUCAAAUCGCAUGCAAAGUCUGUGGCUGUACUGAUACUACACUAAAAAUGCUAAUUUGUGAUAAUUGCAAUGACACAUUCCAUCUCUCUUGCUGCAAUCCUCGUGUAAAGAAAGUACCAUAUGACGAGUGGUUUUGUCUCUCUUGCUUGAGAAAGAAGCGAAAACUACUAAAGGAGAACUCAAGCAGUAAAUCUUUACAUAGCAUGGAAGCUGGUGGAUGUAGCAACAUAUUAUCUAAAGGAGAAUCAGGACUUAUAGCUUCCAUGUUGAGGAGCACAGAACCAUAUAACACUUCUGUUCGUAUUGGUAAUCAGUUUCAGGCUGACGUUCCUGACUGGAAUGGUCCUGUCAAUAAUGAGGCUAGUCCUAUCACUGAACCAGUAGAAAUGGAUCCUUCUGAAAGUUUGCAUGACAGCAGUACAAAUAAGCCUUUCGGGAUCAGUUCUAUUGGGAAUUGGCUACAAUGCCAGCAGGUCAUAGAAGGUAUUGGGGAAGAUGUUGAUGGAACUAUCUGUGGGAAAUGGCGCAGGGCACCACUCUUUGAAGUUCAAACAGAUGACUGGGAAUGCUUCCAAUCUGUUCUUUGGGAUCCAGCACAUGCUGAUUGCGCUGUACCUCAGGAGCUAGAAACAGCUGAAGUUUUGAAGCAAUUAAAGUAUAUAGAGAUGUUGAAACCCAAGCUGGAUGUAAAGAGGCGCAAAUUGGAUUGCACCAAGCGUAGUGACUUGCAAAAUGAUUCAGAGACUUGAAAACCCCGCCCUGUUCGAGCAUCCAAACUUGGGAAGGUAUAACUGUGUACAUUGUAAUGGCUUCAGUUGAAAGCAAAAGAAAGAAAAAAAAAAAAAGGUUAAAAUGAUUUAGCAGAUGGCUUUGCAGUGUUUUGCAAUAUAAGCUGUAUGCUUGCUGAUUGCCAAUUUCUGAUCCAUUUUCUAGUAUUGGAUGUUUUUUUCUCCUAUUAAAUAGAUUUGAGUGAAUGAUAUAAAAUUGAAUUUCUCUUCUAUGGUACUAGCUUGUUAUCCUC